GCGACCGCCGGUCGACCCGAAGCUGGUUUCAUGGCAGCCGCGAAGAAAGCAGUUUUGGGGCCCUUGGUGGGGGCAGUGGACCAAGGCACCAGCUCGACGCGCUUUUUGGUUUUCAAUUCAAAAACAGCUGAACUACUUAGUCAUCAUCAAGUAGAAAUAAAACAAGAGUUUCCAAAAGAAGGAUGGGUGGAACAAGAUCCUAAGGAAAUUCUGCAGUCUGUCUAUGAGUGUAUAGAGAAAACUUGUGAGAAACUUGGACAGCUCAAUAUUGAUAUUUCCAACAUAAAAGCCAUUGGUGUUAGUAACCAGAGGGAAACCACAGUCGUCUGGGACAAGCUGACCGGAGAGCCUCUCUACAACGCUGUGGUGUGGCUUGAUCUAAGAACACAGUCUACCGUUGAGACUCUCAGUAAAAGAAUUCCAGGAAAUAAUAACUUUGUCAAGUCCAAGACAGGCCUUCCACUUAGCACUUACUUCAGUGCAGUGAAACUUCGUUGGCUGCUUGACAAUGUAAGGAAAGUUCAAAAGGCUGUGGAAGAAGAUAGAGCUCUUUUUGGGACCAUUGAUUCGUGGCUAAUCUGGUGUUUGACAGGAGGAACCAAUGGGGGCGUCCAUUGUACAGAUGUAACUAACGCAAGUAGGACGAUGCUUUUCAACAUUCACUCUUUGGAGUGGGAUAAGGAGCUCUGCGAGUUUUUUGAAAUUCCAAUGAAAGUUCUUCCAAAUGUCCGGAGUUCUUCUGAGAUCUAUGGCCUAAUGAAAAUCUCUCAUAGCCUGAAAGCCGGAGCCUUGGAAGGUGUACCGAUAUCUGGGUGUUUGGGGGAUCAAUCUGCUGCAUUGGUGGGACAGAUGUGUUUCCAAGAUGGGCAAGCCAAAAACACGUACGGAACAGGCUGUUUCUUACUGUGUAAUACGGGCCGAAAGUGUGUGUUUUCUGAACAUGGCCUUUUGACCACCGUGGCUUACAAACUUGGCAGAGACAAGCCAGUAUAUUAUGCACUAGAAGGCUCUGUAGCCAUAGCUGGCGCGGUUAUCCGCUGGUUAAGAGACAAUCUUGGAAUUAUAAAGACCUCAGAGGAAAUUGAGAAACUUGCUAAGGAAGUAGGAACGUCUUACGGCUGCUAUUUCGUGCCUGCGUUUUCCGGCUUGUACGCGCCCUACUGGGAGCCCAGCGCCAGAGGGAUCAUCUGUGGGCUCACUCAGUUUACCAAUAAAUGUCAUAUCGCUUUUGCUGCAUUAGAAGCUGUCUGCUUCCAAACCCGAGAGAUUUUGGAUGCCAUGAAUCGUGACUGUGGAAUUCCACUCAGUCAUCUGCAGGUAGACGGAGGCAUGACCGCCAACAAGAUUCUGAUGCAGCUGCAAGCAGAUAUUCUGUGUAUCCCUGUAGUGAAGCCAUCGAUGCCAGAAACCACAGCCCUGGGGGCCGCCAUGGCGGCUGGAGCUGCAGAAGGGGUUGGUGUUUGGAGUCUCGAACCUGAGGACUUGUCGGCUGUCACAAUGGAACGGUUUGAACCCCAGAUCAAUGCUGAGGAAAGUGAAAUCCGUUAUUCUACAUGGAAGAAAGCUGUGAUGAAGUCAAUGGGUUGGGUUACAACUCAGUCUUCAGAAAGCGGUGACCCUAGUAUCUUCUGUAGUCUGCCCUUGGGCUUUUUUAUAGUGAGUAGCAUGGUAAUGUUAAUCGGAGCAAGGUACAUCUCAGGUAUCCCAUAAGUAAUACCAGCUCAUGGAUGCAAAAGAUGCGAGCUUUUUACCUAACGAGAGAAUUCAGCGAUUCUGUCUUUUAAUGUGAUGACACUAUUCAUAGACUGGUUUUAUUUUUAAGCCACUUGCUGCAUGACCCUCCACGUAGACCUGUGGCUUGAAAUAAAGAAAAUGCAGCAGAAAGAACGCUAUAGAAACAUUUGGUGUGUUUUUUAACAUUAACAAUUAAGAUUGGACCAGCCGCCUUUCAGGCUGGCCCCUCUGUUGCCAUUAGUGCUAAGCUCUAGGGAGCAUUCAGAUCCUGUCCAGUGGAAUUUGUCAUCAGACACACUCAAAUGCCGAUGGGCCAGGAGUUCAUUCUCUGCACUACAUACACUUAAGGGUUAUUACUAACUGGCUGAUCAUGAACGAUUUUUAAUUUGUUUCUUUUGAACAGACCCCACCCCACCCCACUCUUCUUUUCUGCACAUUAGGGAGACUAUGACAGCUUCAUGAUUAUUAAUGUAAAUCUCUGCUAAAUUCUUAAGAUGGAAAUUUAGCACGCUCGCUCAUAGCCCAGAUAUUUUCAGGGAAGGACUUGCCAAAACUGAAAUUCUUCUGACAUUUUACAUAGUCUCACUAAUUACACUGAAAUUGCUGUCUGAAUCUCAUCAGAAAAGAUGCUGUUUCCAUUUUGUCAUCUCUCCUUUUUAUAUUUUUUACUUUUAUGGAUAAUACAUCUGCCUAUAUAUUUUAUAUACUAGGGCAGCCCAUUUGUAAAUUGAGUACAUUUUACACAAUCUCACUAAUUAUGGUGAAUUUCUGUCUGCAUCUUACAGGAAGGAACACUUGCUCUUUUUUUUCUUCUCAUCUCUCCUUUUUAUACUUCUUCCUUUUUAUGUAUAACAUACACACCUAUGCAUUUUAUACAGAAGAUAGCCCAUUUAUAAAUUAAGAGCACAUUGAGUUCAUGAGAUUGUAAUGGGGCUGGUCUUCAGUAGACCACUACGUGUAUAAAUAUUUUGGGGAAAACAGCUGUGUACAUUUUGGGCAAUGGUUAUGCAUAAUUAUUUACCAGGAGAAACUUUUUUCUUAAAGAGCCAAUAUUUAAAAUUUAAUUAAA